AUGGCCCCUAGAAUUUCCUCUUCUUUUGUGUCCAUCCUUGUUCCCUUCAUCGCAAUUCAACCCUCCGCCACUCACUCGAGAAACCUGAAUGCUCCCGAUCCAAGCCUCACUCACUUCCAGAGCUUGGAGGGGACUCUCAAGGGCCAGACCAAGCAAGGCAUCAAAGAGGUCAAGCGUUACCUCAGAGCUUUCGGAUACUUGGACCACAAGGAGGACGAGAACCACGUUGCCCUCGUGGACGACAAGUUCAACGACACUUUAGAGGCAGCACUCAGAUCUUACCAGAGAUUCUACUGUCUUAAAGUCACCGGAGAUCUUGACGCCGGCACCAUGAUGCAAAUGAGCGUCCCGAGAUGCGGGAUUGGCUGCCUUACAAAACCCCUUCUCACUUACGCCUUCAACUCGCUCCCCAAGGACAUCUCGCCAGAGUUGUCGAAAGGAGCCUGCUGGAGAGCUUUCAACAGGUGGUCCCAUGUCUCCGCAUUCACUUUCGAAGAGGCUCCGGCACGCGAGCCGUCCGAUAUCGCCAUAGGCUUCUACAGUGGCGAUCAUGGCGACUAUUACCCUUUCGAUGGGCCCAGCAGAGUUCUUGCCCAUGCAUUUGGCCCAACCGACGGUAGGUUCCAUGGCGACGCUGACGAGAAGUGGAGCAUCAACCCCGGCUCGAACCAGUUCGACUUGGAAAUGGUGGCCCUGCAUGAAGUAGGACACCUCCUAGGGCUCGGCCACCGCGAGGAUCCGAGCGCCGUCAUGUAUCCCCUUAUCCCGCGGGGUGCCACCAAAAGGAAUCUUCAACAAGAUGACAUCGAUGGCAUACAUGCUUUGUACCCUGCGGAAUAG